AUGGUUGAGCUAGCAGGGAAGCAUCCCCCACCUGCUGGACAAAAAAACUGGCUAAAGUGCUAUGGCUAUCUGCUUCCCUCUGGCUCUCGGGCGCCCGAGCUGCACUCAGGGAAGGCCUUACAGUCAGCAGUCUCCACUAUGCAGCAGUUUUACGGAAUCCCUGUCACCGGUGUGUUGGAUCAGACAACAAUCGAGUGGAUGAAGAAGCCCCGCUGCGGGGUCCCCGAUCACCCCCACUUAAGCCGCAGGCGGAGGAACAAGCGCUAUGCCCUGACUGGCCAGAAGUGGAGGCAAAAACACAUCACCUACAGCAUUCACAACUACACCCCGAAGGUGGGUGAGCUAGAUACACGGAAAGCGAUUCGCCAGGCUUUCGAUGUCUGGCAGAAGGUGACCCCGCUGACCUUUGAAGAGGUGCCAUACCAUGAGAUCAAAAGUGACCGGAAGGAGGCAGACAUCAUGAUCUUCUUUGCUUCUGGUUUCCAUGGCGACAGCUCCCCAUUUGAUGGAGAAGGAGGAUUCCUGGCCCAUGCCUACUUUCCUGGCCCAGGGAUUGGAGGAGACACUCACUUUGACUCAGAUGAGCCGUGGACACUAGGAAAUGCCAACCAUGAUGGGAAUGACCUCUUCCUGGUGGCUGUGCACGAGCUGGGCCAUGCACUGGGACUGGAGCACUCCAACGACCCCAGCGCGAUCAUGGCACCCUUCUACCAGUACAUGGAGACCCACAACUUCAAACUGCCUCAGGAUGAUCUCCAGGGCAUCCAGAAGAUCUACGGACCUCCAGCCGAGCCCCUGGAGCCCACAAGACCACUCCCCACACUCCCCGUCCGCAGGAUCCACUCACCGAGUGAGAGGAAGCAUGAGCGCCAGCCCAGGCCCCCCAGGCCGCCCCUAGGGGACCGGCCAUCCACACCGGGUGCCAAACCCAACAUCUGUGAUGGCAACUUCAACACGGUGGCGCUCUUCCGAGGCGAGAUGUUUGUGUUUAAGGAUCGCUGGUUCUGGCGCCUGCGCAAUAACCGGGUGCAAGAGGGCUACCCAAUGCAGAUCGAGCAGUUCUGGAAGGGCCUGCCCGCCCGCAUAGAUGCAGCCUACGAAAGGGCCGAUGGAAGAUUUGUCUUCUUCAAAGGUGACAAGUACUGGGUGUUUAAGGAGGUGACGGUGGAGCCUGGGUACCCCCACAGCCUAGGGGAGCUGGGGAGCUGUCUGCCCCGAGAAGGCAUCGACACGGCUCUGCGCUGGGAACCCGUGGGCAAGACCUACUUUUUCAAAGGUGAACGGUACUGGCGGUACAGCGAGGAGCGGCGGGCCACGGACCCUGGCUACCCCAAGCCCAUCACUGUGUGGAAGGGCAUCCCACAGGCUCCGCAGGGGGCCUUCAUCAGCAAGGAAGGAUAUUACACCUACUUCUACAAGGGCCGGGACUACUGGAAGUUUGACAACCAGAAACUAAGCGUGGAGCCAGGCUACCCACGCAACAUCCUGCGUGAUUGGAUGGGCUGCAACCAGAAGGACGUGGAGCGGCGGAAGGAGCGGCGGCUGCCCCAGGACGAUGUGGACAUCAUGGUGACUAUCAACGAUGUGCCAGGCUCUGUGAAUGCCGUGGCUGUGGUCAUCCCCUGCAUCCUAUCCCUCUGCAUCCUGGUGCUGGUCUACACCAUCUUCCAGUUCAAGAACAAGGCAGGCCCUCAGCCUGUCACCUACUAUAAGCGGCCAGUCCAGGAGUGGGUGUGA